AUGGUUGAAUUACUUGCUUCUUCUGAAUCAUCAUCAAUAACACCUUCAUCAACACAAAUAAAUAAUGAAAAUGAACCUAUAAUAAACAUCACUAAAUCAUCUCAAAAUGAUCCAACAUUAUCGACUUCACCUGAUAUGACAGCUAUUGAUUCAUCACGUAUUCAUUCAAGAUUAUUUCAUCGACGUAUUGUGACAAUGCUUGAAACAUUAAAAAAACGAGGUGGUAAUGGUGGACCUACAUCACCUCCAACAUCACCAAAACUUUUACCAUCAUAUAUUGAAGCUAAAUCACAACCAAUUACAUUCGGUCAACUAAGACAAGCAACAAUAUCAUCUACAACGCAACCAACACAUGCUUCCACAGUUAUUGGAGAAGUUUCAUCUUCUAGAGUUGUAACAGCUCGUUCAUAUAAUGAUUUAACAUCAAUAAAUGUAGCUACAGACAAACAAUCCUAUUCUACAAAUGUUAAAUCAUUAAUCAUUGAUACUCGUUCAGAUUUAAAAUCAGUACCAAUAAAUAAAUCAUCUUCGAAACAUCAAACAAAUAAAGAACGACUUUAUUAUUCACCUUCGCUUCAGCAGUUACUUGAACAACAUAAUGUUGUUCCACCAUUGAAACAACAAGAUGAAUUGAAGCAAGAACAAAAAGAAGAAGAAGAAGAACAGCAACAACAACAACUAAAGCCACCAUUAACAGUUGAUGAAAUUCUUGCUACUUAUUAUUCUAAAGUUACACUACCAAACACUAUCGAAACACAAUCACCGCCACCACCCCCAUUCCAACAGCCAUCUGCCAAUUCAAAUAACAAUAUGGGUUUUUAUAUUCAUCCAUCACCAUUAAGAUGGAAUGUUCCUCAAACCAAUCAAUUUCUUAUUCCUUCUCCUCCACUUAUAUUAAAUGAACAAAAUAGAAAUCGACCGCCACCUCCCUCUUAUUCAUCCAGUGUAGCAAGUGGUCCUCGACCACCUCUACCUGCAAAUAAUUUGGGUCAACAUUUGAUACAUCCCUCUGCACCAUCAUCAAUAUCGAAACAUGUCUAUACUGAAUCUCAGAUAGCUCAGCAUCGAUUGCCGGGAAAUUCACCACUCACUCUGCCAACAUCUUUUUCACCCAUUAUGACGAAUACGUCUAUUCGACCUCCACCUCCACGUUAUGAAUUACCAACAACAAAUAUCGAACGCUCACAUUCAGCAGUAUCAUCAACGAACCCGUCAAAUUAUUCUCAAACAAAUCCGCCACAAGCUGGGUUUGAUCGUGAAUUUUCUCGUUUACUAUAUGGUAAAGAUGGGGGGAAAAGUCGUCAUCAACAACAAAAACGUAAAGCAUUUAGUGAUCCUGUUAAAAAAAGUGUUGAAGAAGCAGGUCGAUCAAUCGAGAAAACACAUCAUCGAUUAACACCUCAUAUAAAUAAAACUGAUACAGUUAAUGAAGAAGAAGAAAAUACUAAUGAUUCAAAUUAUUUGAAUAAACAAGAAAAAAAUUUACUUCCACAAAGACAUUUUCAACGACAAUCAGAUCUGACUGUAAACAAUCGUGAAUCAGCAAAAAAAUCUAUUGUACCACCAAAUCCAUUAUUAAAACGACCAAUUCCUUCAUUUUUACAUGUUUAUUCUCAAGCAUCAUCAUCUAAUGAUAUUCUUCUUCAAUGGAACUUAUUUAGUUUAUCUGAACUUGAAUCAUUUGAUGCAAUGAUGACAAAAUUGUAUCGAGAUGAAAAUUUUACUCGUGUUCAAUGCUAUGAAAAUUAUCGAGCAGUACUUACUUCAGUAUUAGAAUCGAAAAAAUCAUUAAAUAAAGUUAAUAACAAUGAUGAUGAUAAUGCAAUAACAACAACAGCUUUGUAA